AUCUGCCUGGGAGUUGGCACUGGCCUCUGGGUGAUGAAAGCCAAGGGGAAUGGAAAAUGCCAGGCCCGCCCCUACCCAGGAGUAUAAAACCAGGCAUCCUUCUAACUCACCUCAGCACCUUUCUCUUCCCUGCCGACUCGCUCACUUGCUCAUUCACCUCUCUCCUUGGCACCAUGACCACCUGCAGCCGCCAGUACACCUCCUCCAGCUCCAUCAAGAGCUCCGGGGGCAUCGGUGGUGGCUCUAGCCGCAUAUCUUCCGUCCUGGCUGGAGGCUCCUGCCGGGCCCCCAGUGCCUAUGGAGGCCUGUCUGUCUCCUCCACCCGCUACUCCUCCGGGGGUGCCUGUGGGCUGGGGGGCGGCUAUGGCGGUGGUUUCAGCAGCAGCAGCAGCUUUGGCGGGGCCCUGGGCAGCGGCUUCGGUGGAGGAUAUGGCAGUGGCCUUGGUGCCGGCUUCGGUGGUGGCGUGGGUAGUGGUUUUGGUGGUGGCUUUGGUGGUGGCUAUGGUGUUGGUGAUGGGCUCCUGGUAGGCAGUGAGAAGGUGACCAUGCAGAACCUGAAUGACCGCCUGGCCUCCUACCUGGACAAAGUGCGUGCCCUGGAAGAGGCCAACGCCGACCUGGAGGUGAAGAUCCGCGACUGGUACCAGAGGCAGCGGCCUGCUGAGACCAAGGACUACAGCCCCUACUUCAAGACCAUCGAGGACCUGAGGAACAAGAUCCUCACAGCCACUGUGGACAAUGCUAACGUUGUGCUGCAGAUUGACAAUGCCCGUCUGGCUGCUGAUGACUUCCGCACCAAGUAUGAGACGGAGCUGAACCUGCGCUUGAGUGUGGAGGCCGACAUCAACGGCCUGCGCAGGGUGCUGGACGAGCUGACCCUGGCCAGAGCCGACCUGGAGAUGCAGAUCGAGAGCCUCAAGGAGGAGCUGGCCUACCUCCGGAAGAACCACGAGGAGGAAAUGAACUCCCUGAGAGGCCAGGUGGGCGGAGACGUCAACGUGGAGAUGGACGCCGCCCCCGGCGUGGACCUGAGCCGAAUCCUGAACGAGAUGCGCGACCAGUACGAGAAGAUGGCCGAGAAGAACCGCAAGGAUGCCGAGGACUGGUUCUUCAGCAAGACAGAGGAACUGAACCGCGAGGUGGCUACCAACAGCGAGCUGGUGCAGAGCGGCAAGAGCGAGAUCUCGGAGCUCCGGCGCACCAUGCAAAACCUGGAGAUCGAGCUGCAGUCCCAGCUCAGCAUGAAAGCAUCUCUGGAGAACAGCCUGGAAGAGACCAAAGGUCGCUACUGCAUGCAGCUGGCCCAGAUCCAGGAGCUGAUCAGCAGCGUGGAGGAGCAGCUGGCCCAGCUGCGCUGCGAGAUGGAGCAGCAGAACCAGGAGUACAAGAUCCUGCUGGACGUGAAGACGCGGCUGGAGCAGGAGAUCGCCACCUACCGCCGCCUGCUGGAGGGCGAGGACGCCCACCUCUCCUCUUCCCAGUUCUCCUCUGGCUCUCAGUCAUCCAGAGAUGUAUCCUCCAGUCGCCAGGUUCGCACCAAAGUCGUGGACGUGCACGACGGCAAGGUGGUGUCCACACACGAGCAGAUCGUUCGCACCAAGAACUAAGGCUUCUCUGCACUGCUCAUGCCUAGAAAGCACCCCCCACCCCCAAGUGGACACACAUUUCCCUGGGGGAUCCCUUCUCCUGUCCCCGCCUCCCCCAAGCACUUGACUUGUGAGCCCUGUUUCACCCUUGCCCCUUCCAGCAAGCAAUAAAGCUUCAUUAUCUGAGUUGCACAA